AUGGCAGUCAACAUACAAUAUGGAGUGUCUUACUUGACACAAGUGACCAUUUCAAACUCGAAUAGAGAAGCGGAGAGCCAAGCCAUUGAGAUGGCUAGAGCAGAGGCUUCUAGAGCACGUGAAGAGGCUGUAUUAGUUAAUGCGCGUGCAAACGAAGCGAAUUCGGGUCAGGCGGGUACUUCCACUGUUUCUUCUGGUGUCCAUCCUAAUGCUAGUGAUCAUUAUGAUGAUGACUCUGAUGGUCAGUCAUUGGAUCUAGAGGGAAUGAGUGAUGGAUGUUGA